AGAUCUUUCAUUUUAAUGGGAACACAACAGACACAUCAUUUCUUCAAUUGGCAAAUUAUAUGUUUUAGGAAAGUGUUUAUUUUAUAAAUUGUCCAGUGUUAAUUGAAAAUUAGUUUAGGCGAUAGCAUUUAGUCUUGUGUUUAAAAUUAAUCUAAUUGAAAACGACCUUAGUACAUAAUAAUUAAAAUGAGUGAUACUUCAUCCACUACAGGACCGACUAGAAGUUUAAAUUAUGAGGCUCUCAAAGUGCAUAUAAUUACUCAUAAAAUAAAUUGUGGAUUAUGGUUGAUCAGAGUACUCGCUAUUAUUUUUUCGAUAGCAUAUUUUAUACCAAUUUUUGGCAAUCCAUACAAUUAUUACUACAAAGUUCUUUUGGCAAAUGCGGCAAUCAGUGCUUUAAGAUUACAUCAAAGGAUAGGAAGGGUGCAGUUCACAAGACAGUUUGCAGCUGAGCUGCUUUCUGAAGAUAGUUGCCAUUAUCUCUUUUAUUCGCUGAUAUUCUUAUAUGUAGCACCAGUAACAUUGGUACUUGUACCUAUCAUUUUGUUUUGCAUAUUGCACUCGGCCAGUUAUUCUCUGACUUUAUUAGAUACUUUAGGUCAGAACUCAUGGUGGGGUGCUCGAUUACUUAUUUCUUUAGUUGAAUUCCAGUCUUUGAAUAUAUUGAAAGCAGUUGCAUUCACAGAAAUUUUUCUGAUGCCCUACACAGUUUUACUUAUAUUCUUGGGCAGAGCCAGUUUGUUAACACCUUUCAUCUACUACCACUUUUUAAUGCAGAGAUACACUUCAAGAAGAAACCCUUAUACUAGGAAUAUGUUUAGAGAGCUUCGAGUUGUUUUUGAAACUACUGCAGCAAAACCCAGUAUGCCUUCAUUUGUGAAACAGUUUUUGAUGUUUGUCGUUAAUUUCACCACCAAGUUAGCACCUAUACCAACACCACAACAACAACAAUAGUUUAUAUAUAAAAUAUGUUGUUUCUUUUUUUAAUUUAGAGUUAAUGUACUGGUUAGAAAUAUUGGGCAAAAGGGAAAAAUUGUUUAAAAAAAUGAUUAAUUAUUUAAUUUUUUGUUGAUGGUUCGUUAGAUUAACGAAAAAAGCAUGUGUUGUUGCACUUUUUACCUUUUUAAUGUUUUAUAUUGCUAUUGCUCAGUCGAGAUUUUGUUCUUUAUAAUUGAAAUACAUAUUAAAAAUUGUAUAAGCGUAAAUUUUAUUUAUCUAUAUGUAAAACUAAGACCGAAAAGAAAAAUGGAACGAAGCUUAUACAUCACAUAUGAAAUGUAAAAGCUGACCAUUUUUAACUCUUUUAUUCACGUUCCUACGAAAGUUUUGGGUAUUUAUGUUUUAUUUUAGGAUCAUUUAGCAUUAAAAUGUCACAAAAACUUCACAGAACCUCUUUUGGUGAAGUUUGAGCGGAUUCAAAAGCAAAAGAUUUAUUUUCCACUUUUAUAACAAAUGGUUUUCAUUAAAAAAACUGUUAGUGCUUCUACUACAAGAGUUUUUCUAAAAAAAACUACUAUCAGUUGAAGGAAAUAAAGAAAAUACAUGUU